AAUACAAUUUACAUCUCAUUAACAUUCCACCAGUCGCGUAUCUAGAAAAGGUCUAGAAAAGGUUACACACAAAAAUUAUGGAGAACACUGCUCUGAUUCCUUUUCCUCCAAAUUCGGUUAAUGAUGAUGAAGAAAUUCAAAGCGAGAAUGAUAGUCAUCCUCUUGUCCCAGAACCUCUUGUACCAGAGCCUCUUGUGACUACUCAGCCUCUUGUCACUCAGCCUCAGCUCACGCGUGACUUUCAUUUCAUUUAUCGUCGUAAUCAAACUCCAAGUGACAACUUUUUUAUGCUUACUAUUAUUCAACUCUUUGUCUGUUCUUUCAUUGGAAUCUUGGCACUCUGUUUUGUUAUUCCAGCUCUAUGCUUUGUCAUCAAAGCAAGGAAGGCUGAAAUGGAUGGUGACAUCAAUACAAUGUACUCAAGGCGCCAGCUUGCACUCAUUUUUAAUUUUUUUGCCUUUUUUGUUGGCUUCAUAAACAUCAUCUUAAAUAUUUAUUUAAUUCUAUAUAUAGUAUUUACUAACAUAGACUAAUGUUUACGUCGUACUACUUACCUAAGUUUUGUAAUGCUGUCAAUUUUUUAUUAUUAGUUAAUAGAUCUAUACUUUAAAAAAUCAA